GACAGCUCCACCACGGAUGGGAAAUAUAAUCGUACAGUCGACAGUUUGACGGACGACGAGUGGGACGAGAUCCGCGUCAUGGCUGAGGUCUUGUAGAUCUUCUAUGAAAAUUCGAAUUCGCUGGAAGGCAACGCCUCUGCCAACGGUUUCGGCUCACUGUGGCAGACAGUGGUCAAUAUACAAGAAAUAUGUGCAUUUCUCAGCGGCAGCGACGAGCGGAGCGUCUAUCAAAUCGAGAGCUUCUAGCAGAGGGAUUAUAUGGUCUCUGGCGUAAAUCUCGCCCUCGAAAAGUUGAUCACAUAUUUCACAAAGCUGAUGUUGCCAGACGACCAUACACCGAGCCUCUAUUGCGUGGCGACGGCCAUACGCCCCAGCGUACGCCUCUCAUGGUUCAAGACUCAGUGGAAGGCUCACCCCGUAUGGCAUAAAGCAGCGGAGAAAUCGAUUCGGGACGUAUAUAAACAAUAUUUGGCGGCCGAGAAACUCGACGACGGCGACCUCGACGAGCUCCCGGAGGUCCCGCGCACGCGCAAGGUGCCUGGUGCGUAUGCCAGCGACGAGCGGAGACUCCGCACAAUGCUCGUGGACGACCACCUUCUCACGGGCAAGAAGGGACACAAGCGCCAGAAACUAACGAGCAUGUAUCUGCGCUUUACCAUGAUUGUCGACGUAUAUAUAAGGAAAGUAUCUCGUUACACUGUGUGCCUCGUGACGUCGUGCAGGACCUUAGGCAUCGUUUCCGCUUGUAACGGGCGGACGCCAACAGGUUCCGAGCACAGCCUUUAGCCACAAUCGGAUUGCACCUUGGGGGAGGGACCCAAGCUGCGAAGUCUAACUUAUAUUCAUCACCUUUUCCGCAAUUAAUCAUGUCCCAAAAGUUAGCCCUGGCUUGACUGCGGCUGAACAGUUUUGCCUGGACUUCGGAAGUCUCGGAGGAAGGUCCUGUUCAGAGACACAAUGGUCCUGCAAAGUAGGAGCAAUUCUAGUGUAGAGUUGCACUCAUUCGGAGUUCCGCCGUCUUCUUUAUUUCGUGGGCUGAGUCAACGAGCGACG